UCUCCUCCGUUUGGGCUGUAGGUGUUCGGGUUCUCAAGUGAUCAACAGAGAAUGCUGUCACUCCUGCCCUGGAAUCCUUCAUGCAACCUUUCGCAAUGAAACUUCAGAUUAACCUUAUUGUGUCGUGAAAUUUGACGUGAGGAAUGCAGCCAAUUUUGGGGGUUGCCGACGUUCAAAUUAGAGGAUGAUUGCAGCCUUAUUUGUUAUUCGUCAUAUCUACUGCAUUAUUGAAGCCAUGACGGAUACCUCCUGUUCUGACUCGGAUGUUUCCAAGAAUGGAAAAGAUGGCCUUGCUGCUGGGUCCAGAGCCUUCCUCAACAAUUCACCUUCUGAGGCUGUGGAAAAUUUUAAAGCUGUCCUGGAAAAGACAAGCUGCAAAUCCAAUCAGAAAAUUCCUGUUUCUCAAUUAGUUCUAAGAUAUGCAUUGUGUCUUGCAUUGAUUAAGUGCAAUGACUAUAACCAUAUUGCUGAGGCGGUCACUAUUUUGUUGGAGCUGAUUGAUUCUGGUUAUGCCAAUAAACUUCCAUCACUCUAUCUGGCUUUAGGGAAGGCUUACUUUGCUUUGAACAGGUUUAAGAGUGCUUUGGAUUUUAUUGAUAAAGGUCUGAAAGCUAUUCAAACAACUUCUAAAAUUAAACAGCAUAUGUGGCCUGGGCUACAACAAACUAUUGAUGAUAAUAAAGAGAAUUUACACAAGGAAUUGAUUAAACUUCAGAAGGGUUGUAAACAGUCUCAUAUUCCAACAGCUCUAUGCCAUUUUGAAAAAUGUAUUGAGAAUAGUGCCCAUUUAAUUCCAAGUCAAGAAAUAUACUUAACAGACCCGGAUUUUAAGCCAUUUUUAUACAUACAAUGUAAUUCAAAUUGUAAAUAUGCUUAUCAUGAUUCAUGCUGGAAACAUCUAACGCGCAUUGACCUUAAUUUGGAUGAUCCCAAGGAUUUACUUGGAACAUCAUGUUCAGCAUGCUCCUCUAAAAUUAAGAACGACUCUGUUAUUGUUGAAGUUAAUUUAAUUGGCUCAGAAUUUGGAUUUGAUAAACCUUUAUCAACAUGGCUACUGGAUGAAGAUAAGUGUCCCAAUAUGAAAUCGAGAAAUCAAGUCAAAUCAAAUACCUCCUCACCAUUUAAAGGCAAUAGCAAACCUGUUUCAUCCAACGGAUCUCUUACUAAGGACACACAUCCUACAUCCCAAGCAUCUAUGUCGGAACAGUUACUUAUUAGUGAGGCGUCUACGUUGCAGGCAAAAGUUUCACCUACGGAGGAUGAGAACUCAUCUGAACACAGCUCAAUACACUCCUCUCAAGAUGAUGUCAGAUCUGAAUUACAGGAUAGCACGAAACUUGCUCAUCUGCUCGAUAUACUUCACCAGUGUCGUAAAUUAGAUUUUGGAUACCUGCCUUCUGAAAAUAUGAAUCCAGAAUUACAGUGUUUUGGUCAUCCCUACGUUGAUUCUUCGAAUUUUGUGGAACCUAAUGAGAUAGAUGAAUCGGAUAAAGAUCAAGCUGAUUUUGUGUUUUCGUACUAUUAUUCUGUGUUUGAAAGAAAUGGACUUCAUAGGCUGGAGGACAUUCAAGAAAAGUGGAGAACUACCAUUACUGAAGACAUAGGACUGCCGGAAAAGUUUACUAACAAGUAUUCAAGCGUUUCUGAAUUUCUUCUGAAGUCUGAGAAAUUUGCUGCCAUAGAUGAGUUCAUUGGAACAUCCGAUCUGCUUCCUGAUAUGUUUUCAAAAGCUCAAGUUGAAAUAGCGGAAAGUGUUUCUUUCCUAUUGUUUUCUCAAGAUUCAAAUACAAAUAAUAUAGACGAACUUAAUAGUGCUGAUACUUUUAAUGACGCUUGGAAAAUCAAAAUGAAUAAUAAUAAUAAUGCUCAUACCCAUCAUAAUCUUCAGUCAUCAGCAUCUGCAGAUGAUUCUGGUUCAGAUCACUCUGAUGAUUGUGAGAGAUCUGAUCAUGUAGCACUUAGUAAUGAUACCAAUGAUAAUCCUAUAUGCACGAGCUCUGCAACUUUUAAUUCUAACAAAUCUAUAGUAGCUCCAGAAGUCAAUGGAAUGCCUACAUCUACUUCAGGCUGCAAUGCCUCAUCCAUGGCUGAUGUGUACAUGAGUGAUGAGGAUGAGGAAAUUGACUCCAGCCUUGUGAUAGAUGGUGUAGUAAAAGAUGUGCCUCCUGAAUGGAGUGGAGCCCAAUCGAAACCAGAUGUAUUAGAUAAGCAAUCACAGACUGAUCAUAUAGUAGAUGUGGAGAAAGAAAAUUUAGCAAAGUCAAAAGACUCACUUCUCAAAGAAGUUUCUGAGCUCAGAUAUGAGAAGGGGGAACUGCAUCAAAGAAUUGAGUCCCUUCAGUUUCAAAUGGAAACUAAUCGUGCUACCAUGGAGUCACUUUAUGAGUCAACUUUGAAGCAGACACAAGAGAAGCAUGAUGAGAAACUCCUUGAAAAGUCUUUAGAGCUGAAGGAGAUUCGAGACAAGCAUUGUGCUCUGGAGCAGACUAUUGUAGAACUUGAGCGUAAAAAUGAGGCAAAGGAGAAUGAGGUUGCCAAAUUAACCUUAUCCCUGCAGAAGAUUCAAAGAAACCAUGCGAAAGAAAUGAACAAUUUUGAGCAGAGGUUGCAGGAGGGCAUGAAACACAAACUUGCUGAAUCCAUCAAACAAUCUAAGCAUUACAUCCAGUUAUGGAAAGAUUUCUGCGAUUUCAAAAUUAACAAAUAUAAUCAAACCUGUAAUGACAGGAUAAAUGUACUCUCACAGCUGAGAGAUAUGGUAUCUGACUCAGUACACCCAACCAAAUCUGAUUUAAGUACAAUGAUUGAAAAGUAUGAAGACAGCAUGAUUGCUGUGACUCAAAAAAACGCUGAAGUCAAUGACAUUUUUAACAAACAGAUGGAUAGGAUGAAAAGUGGUUUGGAGGUCCAGUUACCUGCAGUUGUAGAUGUCCCCGAUUUGAUGAACAUGCCCUACCCUCCUGAAGGAGUGUUUGAUCAAUUACGUACUGUUAUUAAGCCAAAGCAAGAAGAUUUCUCUGUUCCUCAGAACCAUUUCCUGGGUGGUUCACGAUUUUUUCCUCCUCGUACUUUUAAUGGUCUGCAGUCUAGAGAAAAUGAGGGAUUUGGAUCAGGUUCUAGUUCUUCUCUAUUUGGCCAGGGUCAUAAUGAAACACACCAUCUAUGGAAUACUCCCUCUAUCUCUUUUGAUGUUAACAACACAGGAAACUCACAAUACCAUCAGGGAUUUGGAUCUUCCAAUCCAAUUAUGCAGCAACCUUCUUUGAAUUUAAUGCCUAACCUGAUGUAUCAGUCUUCCACACAAAAUCCGAUGCUUGCCCAGCGCACUACUCCUAGUCCUUCCCUUUCCCUCUCUUCUGUGAAUGGAUCGGCUUUCACCUCGAAUGCUUCCACUCCCGGUUUGUCCACUCCACUUGGUUCUCUUGCUGCUCCUGGUUCUAAAAUUCCACCUUUGGGACCCCCCAGUCAGAAGCAUCUUGGAAACCCAACACCAGUGAUCAGCCAGCCUGUGAAGACAACAGCAAGUCCAGUGCCUUCCAGUGCACCUGCUCCUGUUUCUCCCCCUCAAGGAGCUAUUCCAAAACCUCGAGUUCAGACUGCAACUGCAUCCAUGACGCCCAUCGUUCCCUCCAAACCUAAACCCGUUCUGAAGGGAGUCAGGGGACAUGAGUCAAAUUAUGAAAAAUUAAUGAGAAAUUUACAAAAAAUGUUCCCUACUAGAACCGACAUGGAGCUCACUCAAGCCUUAAAACUUGCCCGAGAGCGUAACAAUAACAGCUUGUCGUCUCUUUCUCAUUCUGAGAUUGUGUCCAGAGUUGAAGAAAUUCUCAACACAUUCCGAAAGCAGACAUCAAUGAGCUGGGAGAAAUUUGGACAAGCAGCAUGGGGUACAGCCAAAACGCCUGUUAUUGAGUGGGAAGGACAGGAACAAGAUGAGUGUUGUAUUUGCAUGGCUCCAAUGCAGGCAAGGGAAGUUUAUACUUUGGAAUGCAAGCAUGCAUUUCAUAAAGACUGCAUCAAGAAAUGGCUUGAGCAGGAAAGUGUGUGUCCAAAUUGCAGAACACAUUCAACUAUGGUUGAUGAGUUCCCCCCAUUGGGUUGAUUUGUUUCCCUCUUAAGGUAUAGAUUUUUGUUCUUUCUUUUUUAAAAAUUACAUUUUUUUUGUUUUGCCUCCCCAACCAAUGUGAACUUUUUUACUAAGUGUCUCCAUACCAGAACCAUAUUAUUGUUUAUUUUCUGUGACAUGGUAUGGAUGUUAUCCAUGCAGUUUUAUCUUGUGACUGCAUUUUUUAAAAAAAGUAGCUUGAUUUUCUCUUUAAUGGUAAAUAAAUCAUUGCCAGUUCAUGAUUUUA